GAAUUUGUAACGAAGGUGUUACAAAUGGUGCUCCCAGUGGUCCCCAGACAAUAAACUAACUAGUGCUCCAGUUUGCAAUAGCUAUAUCUAAGUGUGUAUUGAAAUUGUAUCAUUGAGAACAGUAGAACGCCAUAUUCACGAGGGUUAAACAGCGAGAAAUAUGAGACACGUUAAUCAAUGAUAACAGCCAGCGGUGAGGCAACACCUCCCGAGCAAUUUAGAGAUCGAUUAUCGCACAUUCGUGCGGACUGGCGCUAACACGCGAUACAAGUGUUUGUGUGGGGGUGAAUCUUUUUCUGUACCUUUGAUCUCAUCCCUCCAUAGUGUGUGGGCCUAGUAGUUAGUCUCAGUAUCGUGACGACAGUGUCCAGGUGCGAAUGCUGCUUCGCGGGAUAACGUUCCUACAGGCAAUGACUUGGCUGCAACGUACCGCCUUUACUGGAGCCACCUUUAGCACGACCCCACAGGUUUUCGCCAACGACGUACGAUCCGAGAUGAAUAGCGUCCACACAGCCAACAUUGCCGAAGUGCACGAGAUGCCGAUGGCCGUCAUUAACCGUCCGAUUCCACCGGUGCUGGACGACGCUAAGGUCCACUCGCUGAUGAGCUCGAUACAGGAUCCAACCCAGCUGGCCACGGUUCCGCCCAUCGACGUUCUCUGGAUUGAAGGCAGCGAGGGUGGCAACUACUACUACAGUUUCGGCGGCUGCCAUCGAUUCGAGGCGUACAAACGCCUCGGCAGACCGACCAUCAUGGCCAAGCUGAUCAAAUCGUCGCUUUCGGACCUACAGCACUACCUGGGAGCCAGCUGCCCGAAGCACCUCAAGUGAAAGGGCCACACGCGCGACGCGAUCCAGGGAAGCGUUCGGAUGAUAUUCCAUUUUGAUUCAAAUGUUUUACUAUUUUUUUUAUUAUUCGCAUCUCGUCUACCAACUAAGUCAGAGUGAUAAGUGUUAAGGAAAUCGUUAAACUGCUUAGCUUUAGUGUUCGAAAAAUAUAUAACGAUGUUUUACAAUCUCCUUCGUGUAACACGA